AUGAAGUGCAAUAUCUUUAUCAUUAUGCAGAUUUUUGUGAAAACUUUAACUGGAAAAACCAUUACCCUUGAAGUUGAGCCAUCCGAUACUAUCGAAAAUGUAAAAGCUAAAAUUCAAGACAAAGAAGGCAUUCCACCAGAUCAGCAGCGACUGAUCUUCGCUGGAAAGCAAUUAGAAGAUGGUCGUACUCUUUCGGAUUACAACAUUCAAAAGGAAUCUACCCUCCAUCUUGUAUUACGUCUCCGUGGAGGUAUGCAAAUCUUUGUUAAGACAUUAACAGGUAAAACUAUAACACUAGAGGUCGAACCUUCUGAUACCAUUGAAAAUGUUAAGGCCAAAAUCCAAGACAAAGAAGGUAUCCCCCCAGAUCAACAGAGAUUGAUCUUUGCUGGUAAGCAGCUGGAAGAUGGCCGUACUCUUUCUGAUUAUAACAUCCAAAAAGAAUCUACCCUUCACCUUGUGCUUCGUCUUCGUGGCGGCAUGCAGAUUUUUGUAAAGACACUCACAGGUAAAACCAUCACCCUAGAAGUUGAGCCUUCUGAUACAAUUGAAAAUGUUAAGGCUAAAAUUCAAGAUAAGGAGGGUAUUCCCCCAGACCAACAGCGACUCAUCUUUGCUGGUAAACAGUUAGAGGAUGGACGCACACUCUCAGAUUACAAUAUCCAGAAAGAGUCAACACUGCACUUGGUCUUACGUCUUCGUGGUGGUAUGCAGAUCUUUGUGAAAACACUCACAGGUAAAACCAUCACCCUAGAGGUUGAGCCCUCAGAUACCAUUGAGAAUGUUAAGGCUAAAAUUCAAGACAAAGAGGGUAUUCCCCCAGACCAGCAGCGACUGAUAUUUGCUGGUAAACAGUUGGAGGAUGGACGCACACUAUCAGAUUACAAUAUCCAGAAAGAGUCAACACUGCACUUGGUCUUACGUCUUCGUGGUGGUAUGCAGAUCUUCGUAAAGACCCUUACAGGCAAAACCAUCACCCUAGAAGUUGAGCCUUCGGACACAAUUGAAAAUGUAAAGGCUAAAAUUCAAGACAAGGAGGGUAUUCCACCAGACCAGCAGCGACUGAUAUUUGCUGGUAAACAGUUGGAGGAUGGACGCACACUAUCAGAUUACAAUAUUCAAAAGGAGUCUACACUUCACUUGGUCUUACGUCUUCGAGGUGGUAUGCAGAUCUUCGUAAAGACCCUUACAGGCAAAACCAUCACCCUAGAAGUCGAGCCUUCUGACACAAUUGAAAAUGUGAAGGCAAAAAUUCAAGACAAGGAAGGUAUCCCCCCAGACCAGCAGCGGCUUAUCUUUGCUGGUAAACAGUUGGAAGAUGGACGCACACUGUCGGAUUACAAUAUUCAAAAGGAGUCCACUCUUCACUUGGUCUUACGUCUUCGUGGUGGUAUGCAGAUCUUCGUAAAGACCCUUACAGGCAAAACCAUCACCCUAGAAGUUGAGCCUUCAGACACAAUUGAAAAUGUGAAGGCAAAAAUUCAAGACAAGGAAGGUAUUCCCCCAGACCAGCAGCGGCUUAUCUUUGCUGGUAAACAGUUGGAGGAUGGACGCACACUGUCUGAUUACAAUAUUCAAAAGGAGUCCACUCUUCACUUGGUCUUGCGUCUUCGUGGUGGUAUGCAGAUCUUCGUAAAGACCCUUACAGGCAAAACCAUCACCCUAGAAGUUGAGCCUUCAGACACAAUUGAAAAUGUGAAGGCUAAAAUCCAAGACAAGGAGGGUAUUCCCCCAGACCAGCAGCGACUUAUCUUUGCUGGCAAACAACUUGAAGAUGGACGCACUCUUUCAGACUACAACAUUCAAAAGGAAUCGACGUUGCAUUUGGUCCUCCGUUUAAGAGGUGGUAUGCAGAUUUUUGUUAAGACGCUUACUGGUAAAACGAUUACAUUAGAAGUUGAACCAUCUGAUACAAUUGAAAAUGUUAAAGCCAAAAUUCAAGAUAAAGAAGGCAUCCCGCCUGACCAGCAGCGUCUCAUUUUUGCUGGUAAACAGCUUGAAGAUGGUCGUACGCUUUCUGAUUACAACAUACAGAAAGAAUCUACUCUUCACUUGGUUCUACGUCUACGUGGUGGCAUUUAA